AUGGCUGAUCCGAAAAACGAAAUGGGUACCGAAGCUGGCACAGCAAUGGACAGCGAAAGCGGUAGAGACUCCUCAGUCAGCCCAAUGGAAAUAAAUAUAUCCAACACAAAUUGCAAUUCGAUGAUAGUUCUGAACGAUUUACGUCUGCUGGAGCUAAUUACCAAGUAUCCUUUUCUGUAUAGUAAAGCAGCGCAGCCGGAACAGGACUCGGAAUACGACGAGUGGGCCUGGAAUCAGAUUUCGAAGGAGUUUAAUGCCAGCUACGAGAACUUGCCGCUGAGUGCCCCCUUCUCGGCAGACGAGCUGCAGUGGCGUUGGAACUUGCUGCUACCGACCAUGGGCACCCUUUCGAAGGCCAAGGGACAAAUUCCCUUUCAACUGUGGUCCCUUGUGACGGAGAUCGAACGCUCGCUAAGUACAGAAAAUUUGGAACCACCCAGGGACUUGAGUAUGGCCCAGAACUUUCUACUCACUCAGCUGCCAUUGGUGGAGGCCAUGACGCUCAAUGAGCGUCGGCGACUGGAAGUCGAGUUCCUCGAUAUCUCACACAACUCUCGCUUGAUGGUCCUCAGUCCCCGUCCCAAAACCAAUCUGGCCAUUAGCAGUGUGUCUGGUGGCCAGGAUCUCAUUAAUGUCCCGACGGCGACUGUUUUCAUACCGAUUCAAGCUUUCACGAGCAAUGUGGUUGGACCCAUUAAUCCCGCGCCGGACGUUUCGACACCGCUUGAUAUCAAUGUGAUUGGUGCCAAGAAGGAACCCGUUGAGUGCCCGCCGCUGGACAUUAAGACAGAGGUGGAGGUGGCCCUUGCGGCCAUUGAGCUUGCCAUUGAGAUGGAAAAUGUACGGGAAAAUAACCCAGAAGAGGCACAAGAGAAAUCACCGGAGAAAAACCGCACUCCCGUGGAGAAGCCCGAUGAUGCCACUCUAAAUCCUAAUCCGCGGUAUAAACCGAUCAAGAGCGCCAAGUACUACACAAAGAAGCUACUCGUUCGGGUGAAGCGCAUUGAUCAGGACGAGUAUUUGCCGCUGUCCAGCAUGGCAAAGCGCCCAAAGAAACGUGAAUCCAUGUACAUCAAAUGCACAUAA